AUGGCAAUCGAAUUGUCAGAAGACGAUCUUGAUUUGGAAGACGACUUACCUUUAUCAAGUAGAGGUGCAAACAAGAAAGGUAAAGUAACCAAGAAAAAGCCGAGGAAGAAGAAGGAGCCCAAAGUUAAAGUUCCAUAUUUCACGCGUAUCACCAACCGUUUGUACGAGUUUCACCCUCACUUGAAAGAUGUAUUCCCCUAUUUGGCGUCUUUGGAACGGAUUCCAGUAGAACGCUCUCCACAACCUCCUUCAAUGAAUAUCAAACUCUUGCCGUUCCAGCUUGAAGGUUUGAACUGGUUGAAGAAACAAGAAGAUGGUGAGUUUCAAGGUGGAAUAUUGGCCGAUGAAAUGGGUAUGGGUAAAACCAUCCAGACAAUCGGGUUAUUCACCAGUGACUUGACUAAGCGGCCCAAUUUGGUAGUUGGUCCAACUGUUGCGUUGAUGCAAUGGAAAAAUGAAAUCGAAAAACAUACAGAACCGGGAUUGUUGAAAGUGUUGUUGUACCAUGGAGCCAACAGAACUACUGAUGUCAAAGAGUUAAGUAAAUAUGACGUCAUAUUGACAUCGUACUCCGUUCUUGAAUCUGUAUAUCGUAAAGAAAACCAUGGAUUUAAGAGAAAAAGCGGAUUGGUAAAGGAAAAGUCAGCACUACAUGCAGUGGAAUUCUACAGAGUGAUUUUGGAUGAAGCUCACAACAUCAAGGACAGAACAUCUGGAACAGCUAAAGCAGCGAAUAACUUAAGAUGUAAGAAGAGAUGGUGUUUGUCAGGAACACCAUUACAAAACAGAAUUGGUGAAAUGUACUCCUUAAUUCGAUUCAUGAAAAUGGAGCCUUUUCACCAAUACUUCUGUACCAAGUGUGAUUGUAAGAGUGACGAAUGGAAGUUUUCUGAUUGGAGACACUGUGACCAAUGUGGGCAUGCACCAAUGGUUCACACCAAUUUCUUUAACCAUUUCAUGUUGAAGAAUAUUCAAAAAUUUGGUAUUGAGGGUGACGGUCUAGUAAGUUUUCAGAAUAUUAGGCUACUUUUGCAAAAUGUAAUGUUAAGAAGAACCAAAAUUGAAAGAGCUGAUGACUUGGGACUACCACCAAGAAUAGUAGAGAUCAGAAGGGACAGGUUUAACGAAGAAGAAAAGGAUUUGUAUACAUCGCUAUACAGUGAUUCCAAGAGAAAGUUUAACGAUUAUGUCGCUGAAGGUGUCGUGUUGAAUAACUAUGCCAAUAUCUUUACUUUGAUAACAAGAAUGAGACAGCUUGCUGAUCAUCCGGAUUUGGUAUUAAAAAGAGUUGGCACGAAUCAAAUUUCCAGUGAAAUCGAAGGAGUGAUAAUGUGUCAGCUUUGUGACGAUGAAGCUGAAGAGCCGAUUGAAUCUAAGUGUCACCAUAGAUUUUGCAGGAUGUGUAUUCUGGAAUACGUAGAGUCAUUUAUGGGCGAAGAGAAGAAUUUACAGUGUCCGGUUUGCCAUAUUGGAUUAUCUAUUGAUUUGGAGCAGACUGCCCUUGAAGUUGACGAAGAGUUGUUUUCAAAGGCUUCUAUCGUCAAUAGAAUCAAGAUGGGUUCGCAUGGAGGUGAAUGGAGAUCUUCUACAAAGAUCGAAGCUUUAGUAGAAGAACUCUACAAGUUAAGAUCAGACAAACAUACGAUCAAAUCCAUUGUCUUCUCACAAUUUACUUCGAUGUUGGACUUGAUCGAAUGGAGACUAAAGAGAGCUGGGUUCCAGACAGUGAAAUUACAAGGAUCGAUGUCUCCACAACAGCGUGACAAUACUAUCAAGUAUUUCAUGGAUAAUACUGAAGUAGAAGUAUUCUUGGUUUCUUUGAAAGCCGGUGGUGUCGCCCUUAAUUUGUGUGAAGCCUCUCAAGUAUUUUUGAUGGACCCCUGGUGGAAUCCAAGUGUUGAAUGGCAGUCCAUGGAUAGGGUGCAUAGAAUUGGCCAAAAGAGACCUAUUCGAAUUACCAGAUUUUGUAUUGAGGACAGUAUAGAGAUGAAGAUUAUUGAGUUACAGGAAAAGAAAGCCAAUAUGAUUCAUGCUACUAUAAACCACGACGACGGUGCGGUGAAUCGUUUGACUCCCGAUGACUUGCAGUUCUUGUUUAUGAACUAA